CUUCGGCCCUGAAGUGCUCGCGGAUACCUGCACAAGAUAACCGCACUUGAAAAGCGCCUCAACCAUGGCACCUGCGGUUCCCAGUACUGCCGAACUGGAGGAGGCGACCGUGGCAAUACUUCGCAAAGCUUGUAAAAAUGGCGUCUUGAGCGACCUUACCGUGCGGAUGGUCCGCCAACAGUUAGAGGAACAGUUCUCUCUAGAUUUGGGCACUCUUGACUCCAAUGAAUACAAGUCCACCAUCAAGGCAGCUGUCCUCACAAAUCUUGAUGAAAUACGGGCGUCAAUGCCCACCGACCAGUCGCCGGAGCCAGUUUCCAAAAGGAAGUCUAAUCACGCCGUGUCGCCCAGCAAGAAGAGACGGUCAGAUCGCAAGGAAGAGAAAGGGAUCUCGAAACGAAUGCACAAGCCUAAGGUGGUUGAGUCGCCAACCGAGGAAUCUGAAACAGAUGCAAAGAACGAGCGGAAAUCUCGCUCAGAUCUCCCAAAGAUAAACAAGUCAGAGAGAAAAUUGAAGAAUCGGUCGAAGUCCGAAGUAGAAAAUGAGAGUAAGCUCGAAAGCGGUAAAUUCAAAUCAAAGGCCGUAAUCGACACAUCCGAAGAUGAAAAGACGGAGGAGAAAUUCACAUCUCCACGCACGGCAAAGGAUAAUAAAUUGGCGCGGGCAACGCCGACUAAACCGAAGAACAAGCCACCCCCUGAUGUAGUUUCUCGCGUGGAACUGGCGAGGAGUGAGCAGCCUGCUCCUUCCUCCUCUAGAUUAGAUGCCGUCAGUAGGCCACAGCCGUCGCCAUCCAAGGCAAAGGACCAACAGGAGGGAUCUGAACUAUCUUCCGUCAUCGAUGAACCACCGAAGAAGCAGCGGAAGAAGCAAGGGGAGUCAGACGUUCGAACGAGUAAACGCGGCAAGACAUCGAAGGAGCCGCCGCCCAAAGACGAGGCAACGGUCAGUAAGUUAAAGGCCAUUGUAGUUGCUUGCGGGAUGAGAAAGGUAUGGAAGAAGGAAUUCCAAGGACUGGAUCGACCAAAACAGCAAAUAAAACGGCUACAUGAAAUAUUGGCAGAACUUGGCAUGACACCUCGCUACACUAUGGAGAAGGCCAGGGAUAUCAAGAAGAAAAGAGAGUUUGAACAGGAGCUUCAGGAUGUAAAGGAGUUUGAGGAAGCCCAACGCAAACGAGACCGUAAGAAACGGGCCAGCGCCUCUGAGACUGAUUCAGACGAACCCAGUAAUUCGGACAGCGCUCCCGUCAAGAGAAAGACUGCUAGGGCCAGCAUAAUGGCAUUCCUUGAGGACCAAAGCGACGAAGAAUGAUAUCCGAUAUACCACUUAUGAUAGGUUAUGUGGGAUCGGGCCACGACACUUUCCCUGCUGUUGGAAUAUUCUCAUGGAAUGUCCGUAGUUCCCGAAGUGUGCAAUAGUUGGUAGCCCUAAUACUAUGUCAAUCGACC